AUGAAAUCGCCAGAUGAUUGUGUGGAAGUUCUUCGACCUCUCAAGCCUGAUAAGCGAAAACUUUUAUUAUUCGCUGUGAAUGAUAAUGACUCAGCGAGAGCUGGAGGGACACAUUGGAGUUUAUUAGUUUAUUCCCGUGACGAAGGCACUUUCUUCAACUUUGAUUCAUUGAGCGACUUCAACACAUCAAAUGCUAGGAAAAUCUUCACAACCUUAAAGAAUUUAUUGAACUGUCCAUUUGGCAAUUUCAAGCAUGAGAGAAGUGCGCAGCAAACGAAUUCAUAUGACUGUGGAAUCUAUCUUUUAGUCAAUGCAGAAAAUGUGUGCAAUAACUUUUUGUUACGUAGAAGGGUUCAAGAUACACCGAUUGCAAGUUUAGGAUCUAUCAAUGCGAAAAGGCAGGAAAUUUUAAGUAUCAUCGAUGAAAUAAAUUCAAAUUGA